CGAUCGAAUGAAGAGCAAUUUAGUGCUCUAGCCCUUGAGCUGAAAACACCGAGACUGAACAGCAUUCACCGCCACCUAUGGCUCGCAGGUCGCCCCACAGCUGCACGACCAUUGCACCGGCAAAAGCUGCUAGGGCGCACCAUUCUCAUCACCGAGGACCCCAACGAGCAUCUCGUGUGGUUUGAGGACCAGAUCUUCGUUAAGCCAUUACCCGAUUUCCUCCUGGACUGGCAAUCGUGGAACAACUACCUAUGCUUAGAUCGAGAGUUGCAUAAAGCUGCGUGCGGCUUGCUGUUGUCCUAUGCAUGGCUCGUACGGCACAAGAGUGACCUUGAUAUCGCAAAAGAAACGGGGCUGCUGUCGAAAGAGGUAGGAUGGCCUGACUGGGUUGAAUUUAUAGAUGCCUUUCUUAACAACAUCAAUUGCGAGACUUUGAGCGACGUUGAUCAACGAUACAAAUACGGAGAGCUACGGCUAAGCCGACUCAACUCCAUAUACAGGCUUGUUCCGCCUACGUAUUCGCUUCGUAACCUUAUCGGAGGAUAUCAAAACCGAUCGAAGUGGUAUCAAGCUUUCUUUGAUCGCCAUUUCAAGUGGAUGCUAGCUGUGUUUGCUAUACUCUCUGUGGUCUUGUCGGCACUGCAGGUCGGACUUGCGACAACAACACUGCAGGGCAACAAACCGUUUCAGAGUGCUUCAUACGGCUUUACAAUAACAUCGCUGGUUGCUGUGGUAGCAAGUGUGGCUGCCGUCUUCCUGGUUUGGCUUGUUCUAUUU